CGGAGAUGGUCAUAAUCAAUCUACUGCAAAAUUAGCGACGCUUCUUCAGUUUAUCCAAACCCUCCCUAAAACCCCUGCAAACACACACAUUCUUCUAUGGCAACCAAACCCAAAAUCUCCAUUUCUGGCAAUCAAACACAUUAAGAUAUGCUUCGAUCUUUUAGUUCAAUGAAUCCUUCAAUGGAACUUUCUUCCUCUUUUAAAACCAUUCUCAAAAAAAACUCUUCGAAAUAUCUUUCUCUUCAUCUCUCUCCUUUCCCACUUCAGCUCAACCAAAAAUCAUCACCAAAAAUCUCCGCAUUUUCGCUGUAGCUAUCGACCCAUCACAAGAACGCCCAAAUUGACAGAAAAAAUCUCCGCAACAGCUCCAAAUUGACAGAAAGAUUCCUAACAGCCCACAUUUAUCAUUGAACCAAUUCCCUUCUUUAAGUUCUUGUUUGCCUUCUUCAAAGCUUAACGAUGCCGACAAAACUUGGAUAGAUGAGUAUUUGCUUGAAGCUAAGCAAGCUUUGGGGUACCCUUUGGAGAAAUCUGAUGAAUUGGGAGAUGAUAAUCUGGCUAAACAGUUUGAUACUUUAUUAUAUUUGGCAUUUCAGCAUCCUUCUUGUGAUAGGACUAAUGCCAGGCACGUUAGGUCCGCGUAUUGAGGCUUUGGUUUAUGGGGCAGUAUGUAGUGGAGCUGGCUCCAGCGGAGUUUUUCUUGCAGAGGUAUCCGAGGGAGUCACCGGGGCUAAUGAGGGAAAGGGUGUUUAGUUUAAUUGGGAAGAGGAAUUUGCCUAAGUGGAUUAAAGCUGCACGCUUGCAGACCGGGAACCGCCUGUGAAGUCUAUCUUUUGGGCUUCGUUUGGGGCAAUAUGCUUGUAUUUUGGUAUGCCACAAGUGUAUCGUGUUCUUUUUGAAGUAUUUGAAAUGGAUCCAGAAGCUGGGGACUGCCAGCCACGGUUAAGGAGACAACUCAAAGAUGUGGAUUAUGUUUCUGUUGAAUUUGAAGGGAAUAAGCUCAGUUGUUAAGAUGUUGCUACUUAUAAGGCAAGCUUUGGUUUGUUCUCAUUCAUUUGUUGAUAGCUUAUUUGUUAAUUGGAAAACCUUAAAGGGUGAGCAAAAAGAAAGAAUAGGUGUAUGAUUGGUGCUAUGUUUUAGAGCAAUGUUUCCGGAGUCUGGAGAAGCAUUUCAAACAUUUAUAUUGUGAGGAAACUUAACCUAAUUUGUUUUUCUUUAUGGCCACUUGAAGAUGCUCUCUUUGCACAUCCAAGGCUAUUCAGGGCUUGUGUUCCACCAGGUAUGCAUCGGUUUCAGGGAAAUAUCUGGGAUUAUGACAGCAAACCACAAGUUAUGCAGGUACUGGGAUAUCUCUUGGCAGUUAAGGAUAGAAUUCCUGAAAUUACUGAAGCGAGGAACAUUGAACUUGGACUUGGGCUACAGCUUUGUUUUAUGCAACCAUCAAAAUACAAGUUUGAACAUUCUCGGUUUUGCUUUGGGCGGUUGGAAUUCGUUGGCCAAAAGAUCCAGGAUCUUGUUAUGGCUGAGAGGUUGCUGAUGAAGCAUCUAGAUGCCCCUGGAAGAUGGCUACAAGAAAAGCAUCGCCGUGUUCUCAUGAACAAGUUCUGCGGGAGGUAUUUGAGGGAAAAAUAUCUCCAUCGUUUUAUCAUCUACUCGGAGCAGGUUCAAGAUGCAUUCGAGCACAAUCGAAGACGAAAUCCUGCCACAACUGCUGUUCAACAAUCCCUCCAUGGGCUUUCGUACACCGUUUAUGGCAAGCCAGAUGUGAGGCGCCUUAUGUUUGAGGUUUUUUACUUUGAGCAAAUUCAACCUAAAUCUGUGUAGAUCUCUGGGGAAUGAAAGCUUAAUACAAAUAUGACAGGAUAAAGAAUUCAAAGUAAUAUAAUUUAAAAAUUU